AUGGAGAGUAUAAACUCGUCAAAACGAGUAACUCUGACACUUGAACGAUGCGUAUUUGCACCUCUGCCUCCAUUAAUUCCAAGAAGUCAAGGCACACCUGGUGCACCCGGUGCCCCUCCGGGAGCUUCUACACCAGCACUCGAAGCUCCUAAAGCAUCGCUGGAUGUGGCUCUACCUGCCGAUGUGCUUGGUAUACUGGAGAUGAACAAGAACUUCUACCUUGUCCAAUGUACCUUGCCACCUUGUUUGAAGAAGGUCAAACAACCUGAACAGCCGACAGCACAUAUGAAUCUGCCUCCAGAUGCACAAACCGAGACAAUAAUCCCUUAUGAUCCAUCACCGAAACCGCUAAAAGUAACUCCGAAGAGAGUGGGCUCAUAA